ACAAGAAGGGCAUCCAGCCUACCCUCGAACUCUUCCUCUCCUUCUUCCGCCCCCACAAAUAUGACUGUGAAGUGGGCCAGGGCUUCAUGAGCUUCACGGCCCGGACGAACAUGCAAUUUUUGGAGAGCCUGGUUGACAAGAUCGACAUUGGUACCAGCGUUUCUCCGUGGUGAUGGUCUCGGAAGACCUCCCCUUCCCCAACGUGUGGAGGAAGAAGGAAGACAAGUUCCCUUCCCACACUUUUCCUCCUCGCACUCUGGCCCUUGAGGAGACCUUCCGUCUUCUCCUCAAGAACGGCCAUCCGGUCCUUCGCAACCUCCUUCCUAAGAACUCCUAUUUCUGGGGGCUUGGAUUUUGGGUGCAACCCGAUGCUCCACUCCAAGCGAUAUCGAGGAACACUGUCUCCUCUUGGGCUUCUCCCCCAAGACCACACGGCUCCGGCGGGGGUUGCGGCGAUCCUCCCGGAGGGAUCCUUCUCCGGAGGAGGACACUGAAGAAGAAGAGGUGGGUACCGCUACUGGGGAGCACCCUCUGCAACUUGCCAAUCAAGCAUUCGUCCAGGAGGAAGUGGAAGUGGAGGACAUCUCUGACGAGGAUGGACUCUACCAUUUCUCUCCUGGGGCCCUUAAGGGGGCUAAUUUCAUUCCAGACGUUCCUCAAGCCCCUCUCUUUGGCAGGGGGUUUCUUCUUCUUCCCAGCCCGUCGGCUCCGUGGGUCUAUCCCCAAGGCAAUGGGACCCAUCCCAUUGGCCGGGCCACUGGUUCACAUGAGUCUCUUGAACCGCCCCAUGUCCAAGUGGACAGGCUUGGGAUCCACUGCAACCCGGAUUCUUCCUGGGACUUCUCCCCCUCCUCUGGUUGUGGAGGGGAUGAUGUUACUUCUCAGCUCCGUCCACCCACUGCUCAGAACUUCGCAGAAUCGGUGGCGGAGAGCAUUUUUGGACCGCCCCUUGGCCGCGGCGCUCCCCUCCCUAGAACAGACAUUCAGCGGUCCUUCAAGGAUGUUGAGGAGCUUAUCCGGUCCUCUAGCUUCCGGCGGGCCACUGUCCGCCCACCAAUCCAACUUACUGCAAAUCCCGGUCCAUCAACAUAUGAGACCGGGUCUUCAUCUUCACAGGCCCGCCACAAGCGAGGCCAGAAUUCCACCCCUCUCCAUGGCUUGGAAGAGUCCGCCGGCCAAUCCAUUGGGACCGCGCCAGAUGAGCCUCCCACCGGGCAGGAUACUGCCUUUGGCGAUCUGCCUUACACCUAUGCCCGACGGGACUUCAACCGCCGUCUUUACGAGAUGGAUUAGUUCCGGAAGGACCACCUGGAUGUGGUCAAGAGCCCGGUGUGGCCUUUCAUGUUGGAGGAGUAUCCUCCGCAAUGCUCUCCGCCUCUCGGACCGCAAUGCUGCUCUAUCUCGGGAGUUGGGCGAUUUCUGGUCCCGGCACUCUAUUUGUGUCGAGCGCUUGGAGUACGAUCGGGUUUUGUCCGAGAAUGACCGGAUCUCUUCUGAGAACGAGCGCCUUGUGGCCAAGAACAAGCAACAUUUAAUAAGGCGGGCUAUGGAUGAUGAAGAGAUGAAGUUUGUAUGGGCGGAUCUGACUCGGCAGUGCGUGGAACGGGAACGGCAUAUCCGAGAAGAGGUCAAACUCCACCGAAGGAAAGCGGAAGAGGAGCUAGAGCGGAGAUGGCGCCAACAGUCUGAGGAGGCAUCAAGGAAGGCGGCGGAAGAGGCCGAGCCGAGAUGGCAUCUUUAAUCCAAGGAGAUGGAGCGUCGACUCUCCCGCCAAGUGGAAGAGCUUAACUUAACUCUUACCGAUGAGAGACGUUCUGCCCGGAACUCACUUGAGGA